CUUCUUUCAGGACGUGGCCGUCCACCGCAUGCGUGUGGAUGAUUUGAUUCAAAAUUGGACCAUUUACACAAGACAGGUACUGCAGACAGACACCACGACACGGCAUGGCAUGAACGAAGAGAAAUGCAGUGAACUGUCAGCCAAUUACAUGAAAAUUCGGCACACACUCACACACACGCUCACACACACGGGAGAACACGAGAGAGAGAGAGAGAGAGAGAGAGGAGGGGAAAGGUGAAGGCAUCAGUCAUGAUGUGUUUCAUUUCAUGUCUGUCAUAUGACGCUCCGGACAAAGGAGAUAAUGAAGGCGGAGACGGAUAUCGACACAGACGACAACCCCAACACUGACACAACCACAGGACACUCUCUCUCUCCCUGUGUGUGUGUGUGUGGUUGUCUCCCCCCCACCUGCGACGUAUCCGGCAUACUCGUAGCUCUUAGGCUGGUCCAUAUGGUAGAUGACGAUGCCGUGGCGGCCGAUGAGCUGCAGGGCCAGCCCCUCAAUCAGCGGACCGAUGGCGCUCCCGACGAAGGCGCUCACACCCCAUAUACCUGACAGACACACACACACAGAGACACAGACAGAGAGGGCUGGGGUGGGCUGUGUCUCCCUCCCUCCCUCCCUCCCUCUGUGUGUGUGUGUAUGUGUAUGUGUGUGUGUCCGUGAGUGUGUGUGCAUGGGCAGCCAGCCAGCCGACCGAGGUCUUUUGCGGCGGUUCUUCUGUCGGGGAGGCAGUCGAGAGCGAGUGCCAGGUCGACGGACAGGUACGCGCCGUUGCCGAUGCCGUAGAUGACGGCACAGAAGUAUAUGCAGGACACGUAGGACGUGUAGUCGCUGAUAAUCUGGGCGGUGGCACACAAACAUGGAUGGCAUGGCAUGGCCAAUUUGUCUUUUGUGUGUGUAGGGGUGUGUGUGUGUGUGUGAGUGGGGUGGUAGGCCGACCCAUGGCAGGACGAGGAACAUGAUCCAUGUGAAUGACAUGAAGAGGCAGGCGAAGUAGACCAGGAUCUUGCGGCCCCAGUGCUCGCUCAGGUAACCCGCGGGAAAGGCCACCGCUGCCGCCGCCAACUGCACACCACACACACACACCCCAGGAUCCGUCCAUGCAUCUCAGGACACAUCCUGGUGUGUUGUUCUCUCUCUCUCUCCCCCUCUCUCUCUGCGUGUGUGUGUGUGCCUGUCCGAGCAGGGCGAUGACUGAUAUCUGGAACUUGCGCGCCGCCUCGUCGGUCGUCCCCACCAUGUCCCGCAGGUAAUACAAUAUGAAGCUCUGCCCACUCGUGGCCAGGUAAUAUAGCGUCCUGCGCCACAACAGAUAGCACCACAGCACACACCGGCACGGCACAGCAGCACCUUUUCCCAUGUCUGUGUCUGUCUCCCGGCCUCCCUCACCUGGCCACGAAGAUCCAGAAGAAAUCGGGGUUUUUCCUCCUGUCGAUGGUGAAGGAGCGGAGCAGGUCUCUGAUGGAGAGCUUCUCCGGCAGCAGCAACGGCCCCUUGGGCCACCCGUCGCUGUAUUCCUCGACGGCGGUGAAGCAGACGAGCAUGACCGAGACGAAGAUGAGCAGGCUGUAGACGAAGUAGAGGAGGUGGAAGUCGAGGUCCUUCGUGUAGGCCACGAACACAAACCCUUCACGCCAACCGCACACACACAUGGAUGGAUGGAUGGAUGCCUCUCUUUGUGUGCCGUCUUGCCGACAGACAGACAGACAGACAGAGAGGGAUGCCCACCGAGCGUUGAGCCGAGCAGCAGGUGCACGGCGACGACCCCUGAUGCGGUCCCCUGGCUGGCGUGGUCCUUGAGCUGGUCCGGGAUGAGGCCCGUCUGUGCACUGUAGAUGACGUUGAGGCUGCACGACAUGAUGGCCAGGAGCAUCAUCCACAAGGGCCGCGUCAGCAGCAGGCUCGCGAACCACAUGCCGAAGAAACCCAACACCGACAUUAUUCCCCCUGCACCCAUCCGCACACACACAUGGGGCUGAGGGCAAUCCAGCCAUCGCUCCAUCCGAUGCGAUGCGAUGCAUGCCUGCGAAGAUGAAGGGUUUCCGCUUGCCAUACGGCGAGGAGUAGUUGUCCGACACGACGCCUACGACCGGACAGAUGAGCUGUGUGAGCCCGAUGAGGCCGAGGGAGAGGCCCAGCAUGAGGCUCUCGUGGUUGGGCCACAGCCGCAGCGCCUCCGACGGCAGAAUGUACAGCCCCAUUGUGGCGUAGAUCAAGCCAUCUGCAGAUAAGGCAUCUCUCCCUCUCUCUCUCUCUCUGUGUGUGUGUGUGUGUGGGUGUGCGCGUGUGUGUCUGUGUGUGGAGGAAUACAUGGGAAGUUGAAGCACGUGAGCCAAACGAUAGGUCCUAGCCCGUGCACCGGGCCGAGAGUGAACUCCUGGCUGCCCCGCACGCUGCCCUUCGCAGAAGGAGACGACACCGACACUGGUGGACCAACAAACACAUACACACACACACACACACACAGACAACUCCGCCCAUCACCCUCCACAAUGUUUGUGUCCUUUCCAUAUGCCCACCAGGCAUACCGAUGAGCGGCGAUGUUUCCGUCGGCCCCCCCUCCCACCGAGACCCCGAUCGCAUCCCCAACCCGGCCUUACUCCCCGCCCCAGCCUCCGCCCCGUCCAGCAACACUUCACUCGCUCCAGUCACCCCCACACCCUCCUCACCACGGUAAGAAGACCCCGCGCGGCUCACAAUGGGGCUGCGGAAUGUCGACUGCCGGCGGCUGGAUGGGCCGAGGUUGGUGUCACGUCCCCGGCGCCAGAUGAGCUGGGCCGCCCCGACGAUGGGCGAUGGGGUGGUCGGCUGCUGUGUGACGGGUGGGCGAGGGGGGUGGUGGGGGGGACGAGUGCUGCCUGUGGUGCCUGUGGGGGACUGCUGCUGCUGCUGCUGCUGGUGCAU